AUGAUCUUAUCACACCAUGGCGCAGGAGGAUCUGCUGGAGGUGGCACCGGUGGAGGAUCCACUGGUGGGACUGGAGGCGAAGGCGGUGGUGACUUAGCGGGUGGAGGAAUAGGCGGAGGAGGGGGAGGAGGCUCUGCCGGAGGUGGUGCAGGAGGAGGUUCUGCCGGAGGAACUGGUGGAGGCAAUGGCGGUGGCUCGGCUGGAGGGGUACCGGUGGAGGAUCCGCAGGCGGGUCCGAAGGAGGUAACGGAGGUGGAUCUGUCCGAGGAGGCACUGGCGGAGGUGGUGCUGGUGGCUCUGGUGGGAGUAACGGAGGAGAAUCUGCGGAAGGGGGUACUGGUGGAGGCGCUGUAG